AUGAGCAGAAGCGGAAGCUGCACACUUGGUGGAAAUCAUCUCAACUCCUCUUGCUCGACUUCGACUUUGCACUCUUCCUCGUCUACGCUCGUGUGUGGAGGAGGUGGAGGCGCUAACACAACAUCUGGCGCCAACAAUGGCUAUAGCCACUUACUUAACAAUGGAGGUUACAACAGUAACGUGAAGGGGCUGCAGCAGCAUCUUCACGGCAGUGCUGCAGGUGGCGUACCAACCCAAACAUCAACGUCCAACAACUAUAUGAACAAUUAUAGUGCUACUGGUGUAAUAUCCACAGGUACUUCUCUCGUGCCAAUGCCGCCACCUCCUCCAGUCGCAAUGCAGCUGCACAAUGGCUCUAGUACGGGCGGAUGCAACAACAGCGUCGUUGGAGGUAUUUCAUCGAUUGAUAUGAUGCUCAACAACGGAUCGCUUUCCACGAACCUUUUUGGAGAUGGGACACUAGUUAAGGCUACUAGGUUCUCCUCAUACUCACACCACUGCGAAGACCCCUGCCUCGGUAAUAACAUUUGUUAACGUUGUUAAACUGACUCCGAGUUUGAUUCGAACAAGCUCAUCUUUUAUCAGUUAGAGCUGCUUACUAGAUUAUAUUAAUCAGCAAGAGGACAAGUAGGACUACUCGUGAUGCCAAUCAAUCAAUUCAAAUUCUACUUAUAGAAGAAUGAUGAAGUUACGUUCGAAAAACUACUCCUAAGAUAGGCAACACCACGACUGCGGGCACUGCAGCCGCUAUGAUGCCGCUUCUGUCGUCUGGGAAUAGCAGCACAGCAUGUGUAGGUGGAGAAGUUCCUAAUAUCGGAAUAAUGCUUCCGAGCUCGAGCACGACUAGCAACAACGCGCCGUCCUCGUGCGCGACAGGAGUGUGGGUAACUGGGUCUGACGCGGAGGCGAUCCGAGACGGCAACAAUGCGAAGGCUCUCGGUAAAAAUAGUAACUCCUCACAGCAAGAUCCCUCAUCUACAUCUGGCUUCCUAUCGAACAAUUACUACAACGGGCAAUACACAUACAGUAACAACUUCUCGUCGUCUAGUACCGCAGCGACGUCUACAGCAGUUGAAUUAAACCAAGAAGGCGUGCAGCAGCAGCAACAGCAGGGUCAACAAAAUUAUGAUUCUAACCAAAAUUCUAUCCAACAACAAUUAUAUCAACAAAUGAUGUCCAGUUGUAACCACUCGUCGUUGUCUUCGUCUGUUGUCUUGCAAGUACCGCCACCACUGCCAUCGGGUACUCCUGGCCUGACACAGUCUUUUUCAGUCAGUAGCGCUACGAUAAGCGUCCAUCCUCCUCCUGCUCAGGUGUCACAACAAGGUCAAGGAGCUCAACAACAUCAACAUCCUCUGCUAGCCGUUACGAACAAUAGUUGUACUACAAGUGGUACCGGAACAUCUUCCCCUGAUCUAGACCUUGUUUCUGCGAUGCGAACGCUCUCCGCCACCGCGAACUCAAGCACUACGACUAGUACGGCAUCACCAGCACCUCCAUUUGGAAUGGAACAACAAAUGUUGUCGAACACGGAGUCAAUCGCCGGGAGCAACAGCAACACGAGUGACGUGAACAGCCACGAUCUUGUCCGCCAGCUCAUAUCGCAAAGACACCAGGUAUCAACAACGUCACUGAACAGUGGUAUGGAUCCCACGUUACACCCGCAAGAUGGACCUACAACUUCACAACUACAGCAGGGGCAAGGAAAUAAUUCUUGUUGGGCGACAGCCUGCUCUGCGCCUCCCGGACCUGGUGGAAACGGGCAGCUGCACCCACACCACUUGCAGCAGUUGAUUCCGCUCCUUUCGUCGGAAGAGGCUAAUGGGGCUGAAUUCUCGAUUGCGACGCUGCAACAAGCAGAGGGCGGGGCACAUCAUCAGCUACCCUGCUCUGAGCAAACUGGUGGAGCACAACCAGACCUCUCGCGGUCGCGUACCGCGACGUCUUCUUGUUCAAGUGGCGGCGCAGCUGGCGGCCUGAUCCCUUUGCUUUCAACAGCUUCUACAGCAGGAUCGGCGCUUACAAUACCUCAGACGAGUGGUGCUCAACAAGAGCAGGAGACCGGCACAGCUUCGACUAGUUUUGCAGGACGAACAGGAUCUCUGAGUGGGGGAGCCGGUUCCUUGAACAACAACAUGAAUAUUCAACAGGCAAAUUCGAAUUCCAGCUGCAGCGUUGCUAGUGCGACUAAUGGUAUGCAGGCGACAACCCCGCAUUCCGGAGAACAGCCGCAACCACAAAGUCUACUAGAUCUUCUCACCUCUCAGUCGCAGCUAGGGGGCACGGAACGGAACCCACUGAACCCUGAGAACGCGGUCCUGCCUCCGCUACCUCCAGAGGCGUUCUAAUACCAAGAAACCUUGUUACCCAUUACAAAGUCGACAACAGCAGGGAAACGAGGAGAGCAAAGACUCUCAAGCAACACUGUAACGCAUUAACUAUAACUGUUCAAAUGUACGAGAGCAGCGAAUAGAACUACAGGACAUCAUCUACUUCAAGGCAAAAACAGUAACAGAGAUUACUAGAUAUCUAGGUUAGUAAUUAAGAAGAACCUUUUCCAAAUGCAGAACAUAUUAAACUACAUCGUAUUUCGUACAUGACAUUAACAAGGUUGGUCGUAACCAAGAUGAUUGUACCGGACAACGGCCGCCGCUUGGGUUACUAUGUUUGCCCUUGAGUGUCCAUGAUGUUGAUGUUGCGGGAGGGCAAUCAAUAACUGUCAAGUAGCAGUUGCGGCGUGCAGCUUCUCUUCAUCUUCUAUCAUUAUUUGAACAUUUUCCAUAAUUGAAAUGCAUACAUAUACAACUACUAAUAGCAGAGUAGUUUAUAGCACGCAUGGUGCAUGGAGUAGCAUUGAGUGCAUGGAGCGCAGAGCUUUAAGGGGCGCAAGAAGCUCCCCCUUUAGCUCCAUGCUACUCCAUGUGAUCCAUGCACUCCAUGCCAUGCGAGCUGUGAAACCUUAUAAACUGCUCUGUAAUAGUACUAUGUAAAAUAUUUAUGUUAAUGUUUGUUUGUUUGUUUUGAUGCGCUCCGGGCGACGCGUACGAUCCCGCCGGAUUUCUUUGUGCUCUGUGUGUGUAGUGCUAUGGUCGUCAUUGCGAUCGACUAUGGUAUGUCUGGUCGCCACAGUCCCCGCCAGCUGCGGCUUUUGUGGCAUGCCAGGCGCGGCGUGCUGCAGGCGGCGGCGCCUGCGCGUAGGUAGCGCCUGGCGGUGAGGCGCGUCCGGGUUUGGUUGACGUUUUUGCGGCCUGCGUGCACUGUUCUUCGCGUUCUCGUUUUGUCUUCGACGUUCUUUUUUUUUUUUGUCUUCGCGUGCUUCCUUUCUUGUCUCCUCCCUGCUAUGUUAAUGUUAAUGUUGGUAAGAUUCAAAAAUGCAUCUUCAUCAUAACAUACUGAUGCAGAUUUGAUUAUUGUCGUGUGCAUAUCAAGAGAACAAUCGAUUUUAUUAUCCGCGGCACUCUUGCCGAGUGCGGCCCGCGCGGUAUGAAGAGAAGACUACAGCUUCGCUCGCUCCUCAGUAUCUCGUUGUAACUACAACCUAUACCGUACGACCUCGGCCCCGCAUACGACUCUCGGGGUGUCUGCGCGCUGGAGUGUUCCGCCAGCCUUCCUAUAGUAACUAGCUAACUCGUACUCGAUUUCAUUAUUAUUUCCACGCGAUUUUGCUGACUUGGUUUCAAAGAUAUCAACAUUUUCAACAUGAGUACGAAUAAAAAUUUUGAUCUUGACAUCAACACUGUAUAACUCGUAGAACAGAACAUGGUGAUGGUGCCAAUGAGCACGUGAUCAUGUGCUGUUCUUGUUCAUACUUAUUUCUAUCAUGAAUCCCAUUCACAUUUUUUAUCGUUGUUGUAACUACUACAGAACUACUCGACGGCCUGACAUUAAAGAAAAAGAUAUGUUCGUGGAUGGCGCAUUCCUUGGUUGGAAAUAGCUCGCGGGGUGGACUGUCACUGACGGCGCAAGCCAAAGAACUACUGUCCUUGUGUGUCAGCUUCACCUUCAUGCUCAUUCCAAGUAGAUGUUCUACUUCAAUUUCUGGUACUACAAAAUAAUUGAGAUUAAGAUUAUACUUGAUUUUUUAUGCAUAGCCGAGCCCGAGGCCUUUAUCCCUUUUGAUAUUCGACAAUAUGACUCGUACUAGACUUAUUCUUCUGAUUUUUUUUUCAGAGAAAACAAACAAUCAUUUUCCCACUACAUUUGAUGAUAUAAAUAGAAAAAAUAAAGUUUCAGCUCACAGAACAGUACAAGACGGGUGUCUUGCUGCUUGCUGUUAUGUCGUGGAAGUACUCAAGAUUUCUUCGGCGCAUCUUUGCCUUCGCCUUCGCCAUGGCAUAGUGGAACUCUAAUUCUGAGGAAGCGUAUGCGAUUUAGGGUGAGUUCUUCCUUCAUGCGCUGACGGCGGGCCACCCCUUGGGGGCUGCUAGAGCACAUUAUUGUAGAAAUAUUCCCUGCACUAGAAGACCUCCUUCCUUUUCCUUCGCAGGUCUUGAUUAUAUCCUAUUUGUGGAUGAAGCAGGCCUAGAACUAGAGCUUGAGUCGUCGCUUGUGGUUCCAAAUCAACGUCGGACCUCUAGUAACAGGGUAACUGUUCGCUUAGAAGUCAUGGACUAUAAUUGGCUCCUCCAAGCCGAUCCCUUUCUGGGGGCACCCCAACCGCUUAGGUUCAAAGAAUUAAAUCUCCUAGAUAAAGAGAAGAAAGGCGGAUGAACGCGAGAGAGAAACUUUGUGACUCCAUCAUACUUGUUUGCAAAUAAGCGUCAUAGCGUUUGAUCAAUCAUGAGGAUGAUCGUGUAUCAAAAACCGUCGUACGACAACGACAAGAUGAACAAGAAACAAGGCUGUACAACAAACCAAUGGUAUUAACUGAUUUUGAUGAUUUUGCUGCAACUACGAACAUCACGAAUAGUACAAGGUCAAGACAUCGAUUGAGGUCUGCAUUCGCAUAGCUAUUAUUGAUGAUCACAGGUAAAGGUAUAGGUGUAGGCCCACUUGUUGGUUCUAUCCCUACUAGUUAUGUCGAACAAUUCUUAAGGAAAAGGUCGACGGACAGAAGAAGAAAAGGAUCUAAAAGAAGAACUGAAAUUCGAUCACUAUCAGAGAAGUCAGAAUUUACAGAAAAGUCGCUGUACUAGGAUAACAAUGCCGGUAACACCAGAUCAACAUAUGACAGAACCAUCAAAAAAUUUAUACUAGUGAAAGAAUAAACUGCAUACUAUUAAUUUAUUACUACCUCUACUAGUCUUUCUUUGUCUUACGCUAUUAUUUCUACUCAUGAAGAUGCACCCAGGACGACGAGCUUGGUACAACCUGGCGGGCGAAUUAUUGAUCAUCCACAGGAGGCUACUUCGACUUCGAGUUUGACAUAUGUAAAUAACUAAAGAGAAGACACGAUGACGAUCAUGACUGUGCAACAGUAUGUGUGGUGAGUCGUUACUUGUAGUACCUGUGACAGUGAAGUGGCCAAGAACAUCGUCAUCAUGUCAAUGUUGUAUACGUAUGUCGUGAAUCAAUGUUAUAGCGUACCCAUACCUUGGCCCCACCACCGCCCCAACACCAGUUUGAGUCUUUAAGUCAUUACAGGAUGUAUGUAGACGAAGGCAGCAGGAGAAACCCCUUUUUUCUCUUUCAUUUUUUUCGAAACGCCCUCAGCGGUGAUCACCACGUCCCCCUCACGUCCUCCUUGGGGCGCUUCGCCUGCGCUUCUGUCAGCACCUUGCGUGUAGAUGUGGCAAGAAAGGCAUCCUAUCCUAUCUUAUCCUAUCCGAUCAUGUUAAUUAGUCCCUGUGGUCCACUCUACGCUCUAAUUUUUUGUCGUCUGCAAAUAGAUCUAGUCAUAUUUUUAUAGGGCUUUCGAAUUUCUUAUGCUACUAGAAGGGAGAAGUUGCUCUUUCAUAGAGAAUUUCGUACUCUACACUUAAAAAUUGUUCUAUAAUUUCAUCAUGUUGAGAAUAUAGUGAAAAAAAUGACACGUGGUCGUACAUGAAAGUAUUUGAUAGUAUACAGAUUUCGCAUAUACUCUGAGAAGAUGGCAAAGGUAUGGAGUUGGAGGUGGAGGAAACAAAAUCUUGUAAACCAGCCUUCUGCAGCAGCCGGAACAAACUACAGUUUUAUGAGAACGAGGACUUUUCAAUCACAUGUCAUACCGAAAUGUUGAGUUCCAGCUGUUCUUGGU